CUCUUUUACAAGCAAUAUCAAAGCAUGUUUAAAAAGGUUUUUCAUCAUUUUAUUUAAUUUGUGUCAUAAAAUGGGUGAAACAGUAAAAGAUAUUUCCCCGCCAUGUAAUUUUUCAUGGGUAUCGGAAAAUCAACUAGCUUGCAUGGCAUGUCCUCGAUCAGCAGCAAAUCUAAAAUAUUUAUAUUCAGAAGGUAUAUACCAUUUGAUUUCGUUGUCAGAAGAAACACUCCCACCUAUCAACAAGCAAUCUACGAUAGAGUGGACUAUCAUUCCAAUAGAAGAAUUCGAAGCACCAUUAUUAGAUGAUAUUAUUAAAUUUAUCGACAUUUGUGGUAACUACUUAUUACAAAAUAAGGCUUUGGGCGUACACUGCCGUCAAGGGCGAGGCAGAACGGGUGUUAUGGCAGCUUGCUUUUUAAUUAAAUUUCAAAAUUUAUCUCCAGAUAGGGCUAUCGUUAACAUAAGGUUACAACGGCCAGGAUCAAUCGAAACGUAUGAACAAGAGCGAGCAGUGUUUAAAUAUUAUGAUUAUCUACUAAGUACAAAGUAAAUUAACACACCGUUUUGGGUUAUUCUAGGCACUUGCUAUAAUAUGCGAUACUAACUUUAUUCUAUAAUGAUUUAUGUUAAUUUAAAUAAUUAAAUUAAUAAAUUAAUUUAUACUUCAAUAAA